GUCAGACAGUGGAUUCAGUUUGUCAGUACAGUGCAGCAGUGAAGUAAGCGAAUCGCGUUUCGUUGUCGUUGCGGGGACAGGCCCAGGCCAAAGCCAGAGCCAGUGGUUUUCCUUUGCCACUUUUUUUUUCUUCUGCUCGUCAUCUCACGGGAUUUUUCCUGAAACUCGGCGCGGAGAAAAGCAAAAUCGCCACUUCCGGUUCGAAAUCGAACUGCACUUUUUUUGGCGCGCCCAAUUCGAACUGCCGUGAGCCGCGGGAAGCCAACCAAGUGAAUUCCCGAAACGGGUUUUCGUGUUGGGAAGGGAGGAACGAGCCGAAAAAAAAGGCAGCCUUGGGGACGCCUGGUAGCGGACGGACCACGGACAGGCGGGAGAACCGGUGCCCGGAACUGGUGGUGGUAUGUGGACAGGGCCUGUCGGUUAACCCCGGGGACCUCACACCAGACCCGUCACCGUCUGGCUAAUCUAAUCAACGGCACCAAGUGACUACGACGAGAGCGGGUAUGCUGCUGCGGUAUUUCGUACGUUAUCACUAGUUUGCAGGUCGUGAAGCCGUGACGACGUGCCCGGAGGGUUUGAGUUUGAAGUUUGUUUGGUUGCGGGACCAGAUGACCUACGCGUAGGCCAGCGCCUCUGGAAGGAGGAGGGGGUUUGUUGUAAGCAUGGUAAAAGGAGUUGCUGGAAGUCGGCUACGAUGAUCACCGUAGUGCACUGUCUGGCGAUCGGGAUUCUGGUGUUUUGGUGCGGGAAAUGGCUGGUGCACGCGAUGGCGAUUACGUACGGGAAGCUGAAGCUGCACAAGAAGACGAACGGGGUGACGAACCAGCCGCGCGAGACGCCGUACCCGACGGUGUCGAUACUGAAGCCGCUGAUGGGCGUGGACCCGAACUUGGCUUCGAAUCUCGAGACGUUCUUCCUGAUGGACUAUCCGUCGCAGUACGAGCUGCUGUUUUGUAUUGAGUGUCCGGACGAUCCGGCGAUCGAUGUGGUGAACCGGUUGCGGGAAAAGUAUCCCAACAUUGAGACGUCACUGCUGCUGGGUGGCUCGGACGUCGGGGUGAACCCGAAGGUGAACAAUCUGUACCCGGGCUAUUUGGUGGCGCGGUACGAGCUGAUAAUGAUUUCGGACGCGGGGAUCCGCAUGAAGACGGACACGCUGACCGAUAUGGUGAACCAUAUGACGGAACGGGUUGGCCUGGUGCAUCAGAUGCCGUUCGUGUGUGAUCGGGAGGGCUUUGCGGCCGCCUUCGAGAAGAUCUACUUUGGGACGGUCCAAUCGCGGAUAUAUUUGUGUGCCGACCUGCUCGGCAUCAACUGCCACACCGGGAUGUCCUGUAUGAUGCGAAAAGACGUGCUGGAUGAGCUGGGAGGAAUCCAGGCCUUCGGGUGCUACCUCGCCGAAGAUUUCUUCCUGGCGAAAGGUUUCCACGACGCCGGCUGGAAGCUCUCGAUCAGCAGCCAACCCGCGUGGCAAAACUCGGGCAUUUGUGAUAUUAGCAGCUUCCAGGCGAGGCUGACCCGGUGGGCAAAGCUGCGCGUCGCGAUGGUCCCCGGAACCAUCCUGCUCGAGCCGCUCUCGGAGUGCGUCAUCGUCGGAAUGUUUGCCUGCUGGGCGGCCAAGAUUCUGUUCCGGUGGAACCCGCUCGUGUUUUUCCUCAUCCACACGCUGUUCUGGUUCCUGUCCGAUUGGGUCCUGCUCUCGAUCAUCCAGAACGGCUCGCUCCCGUUCAACAAGUUCACCUUCUUCGUCGGGUGGGCCUUCCGCGAACUCAGCGGACCGUACCUCUUCUUCAACGCCCUGUGGAACCCCGCCAUCAGAUGGCGAACCCGGGUCUACAAGCUGGCGUGGGGCGGGGUCGCCUACGAACUGACCUCCCAAAUCAAGUCGUAGCUCGACUCACUCAACACUCAUAAACCACACACCUCCUAUGUAAUGUGUUAUUUUCUUCUUUUGUAUAAAGCUAAUUUAUAAAACAAAAAGUCGGUUAAACAUAAGCGUAUAUAUAUAAAUAUUUUUGAAACUUUAACAAAUUAAACACUUUGUUUUAGAAAGCAAAACCCCCAGCUGGUUCACCCCCCUUUCUGUUAGGUUCGCGUUCUUGUAUCUUGUGUAAAUAUUUAACGCGCUCGAGGGCCACCCCGCUUUAUUUGCUGGAACCAACACUCCCAAAUCCCCCUCCCCCAUCCCCUUGCUACAUACUAGUAAUUGAAGAUACAUGUUAAGGUGGAACCAACCAGUUGAUAAAGCGGCUAAUAAAGUAAUAGUAAUAAUCAAAUUUAUGCAAAAAAAAA